AUGCCACUGAUGUCAGUGCUGCAUGUGUCGUUGAAUACAUCUGACCAGAGUGUGUGGCCUGCAACAGAGGGCACGUUCGAGUGCAUGAAGGCCGCGUAUGACAGCGGCGUCAACUUCUUCGACUGCGCCGAGGUGUAUGCCGACGGGGAGUCCGAGGUAGUUAUGGGAGAGGCCAUCAAGAAGUAUGGCUGGAAGAGGAAUGACCUGGUCAUCUCUACCAAGAUCUACUGGGGUGUGGCCUUUGGUGACAACCCGAUCAACAACAAGGGUCUGUCGCGCAAGCACAUCGUCGAGGGCACCGACGGGGCCUUGAAGCGUCUGGGACUUUCGUACGUCGACAUCAUCUACGCGCACCGUCCGGACCGGCAGACGCCGAUGGAGGAGACGGUCCGGGCCUUCAACCACAUCAUCAACCAGGGCAAGGCCCUCUACUGGGGCACGUCGGAGUGGAACGCCGACGAGAUCGCCCAGGCGUGGCGGUACGCCGACAAGCUCGGCCUCAUCGGCCCCCUGGUCGAGCAGCCGGCCUACAACCUCCUCAACAGGGAAAAGGUCGAGCGCGAGUUCGCCCACCUGUACGGCGAGCAGGGCGGGCUGGGCCUCACCGUCUUCUCCCCGCUCAACAAGGGCAUCCUGACGGGAAAGUACCGCGAUGGCAUCCCCGAGGGCUCGCGCUUCUCGCACACGGACGUGCCCUUCGUCGCGCGCUUCCUCCGGGAAAACGAGGGCGAUAAGUGGGACGCCGUCAUCAAGAGGGUCAACGCUCUGGAGCCCGUGGCCGCGAGGCUGGGCGUCAGCCUGGCUGCGCUGUCGCUCGCCUGGGUCCUCAGGAAUAAGAAUGUCAGCUCCGCCAUCACCGGCGCCAGCGGUCCGGCCCAGGUGUACGAGAAUAUCAAGGCUCUCGCCGUCGUCGAUAAGCUGACCCCUGAGAUUCUCAAGGAGAUUGACGACAUUCUUGGGAAUAAGCCUGAUGAGAUCAUCCAGAGGUAUUAG